AUGGACAUUCCCCUCUCCUCCGAUUGUUUGGAUGUCUCUUUUCAUCCUCAAGCAGACACGUCUCUCAUAGCUGCCUCACUCGUAUCGGGGAAAGUCCAGUUGCUAGAUUACAGCCCAUCCGAGCGAACAAGCGUACCAAAGGGCAAGGCAGCGGCGGGGCAUGAUGCAAAGCUGGAUGAAGCAGACGACUCAGACGAGGAUGAAGAGGCGUCAAGCUCAGCGAGCGGCAGCAGCAGCACAUGGCCUCAUGGCAAGAAAAGCCACACCAAGCUAUGGGCUACCAGACCGACCAACAAGUCAUGCAGAGGUGCAGCGUUCGAUGAGCAGGGCGAUUCAGUUUGGGUAAUCUCCAAGGAUGGCAGCUUGUCCAGGCUAGACACCGAAACAGGCAGUGUGGUGCAGCAAUGGAAGGAAGCGCACUCGGCGGCUCCUUCUCGCAUUCUUCCCGUGUCCUCCUCGCUGCUUGCUACUGGCGAUGAUGACGGCGUAGUGGCGCUCUGGGAUCCACGUCGCCCGCCCAAGAAUGCUCUGUCCGGAUCGAGCUCGAGCGUCAAGCCGAGCAAGAACACUAGCGAAGCAGCCCAAUCUUGCCUCUCAGCCGGGGCUGUUCGAAGCUAUUCUCACCACUUCGAUUGGAUUACUUGCAUGAUACACGUUGCAGAUCUUACUCCGCCAAAGGAGUUGAAGAAAAGACCAGACGAGAUCAGAAAGGCACAAAAGAGGGAGGCUAAAAAGGUCAAGAGGAGGCAACUGAGAGGUCUGGGCGCCAAGGAGGACGAGAGCGCGGAGAAGCUGGGGAGGGAGAGAUUAGUGGUCACCAGCGGCGAUGGCACCUUGUCCGUCAUCGACCCGCGUGUUGGGCCCUCUGCCGUGGAAGUCAGUGAAGAUCAAGAAGACGAGCUGUUGGGCGUCGCUGCUAUCAAGCGCGGAAACAAGCUUGUGGUGGGGACACAGCUGGGGAUGCUGUCCGUUUGGGCCCCGUCCCGCGGCUUACUGGAUCACGUGGAUCGCAUCCCCGGGCAUCCACAAUCUGUCGACGCCUUGUGCAUGCUGGAUCAAGACACGGUUCUGACCGGUUCUUCGGACGGACUGAUACGGGUGGUCCAAGUGCUGCCCAACAAGUUGCUGGGAGUGGUCGCGGAUCAUAAUGGGCUUCCCGUGGAGAGGAUAGCGAGAAAGGAAGGAUGGGUAGCUAGUGUGGGACACGGACCAGAGAUCAAGUUGACGGAUGUCGGGAGCCUGCUGGAACCUGCAUCUGAUGAGGAUGAGGAUGAAGGAGCUAGCUCCUCGGAUGAAGGAGACAAACAGGAUACCGGAGAAGAACACUUUGCUGCUGCGCUAGGAGAUUUGAGUUCCUCUUUUGCUGCGGACGCGCUUCCUAGAGCAAAGAAGCAAACAGACGCUCCUCCUCACGAUGGCGCUGACGCUGAGUCUGAUAUCGACGACGAAGAAGAGGCGGGCGACCCUGACGCAGAAGAUGCUUCAGAAGAUGAAGCGGCAGUCGAAAGACCGAGCAAACGCAGCAAGACGCAGUCUGCAAGCGGCAAGGCAGCGCAAUCGCGUCAAGCAGCGGACGACGAUUUCUUUGCCGGAUUCUGA